AUGAGCUCACUCAACUCUCCACUAACCGGUCUCCCCAUCAGCCUUGAAGAGGCAACAGUCAAGUCUCUACCCGGCACAGUUUGCUAUGUUACUGAUUUCAUAACCAAAGCAGAAGAAGCUGCCAUUCUUGAGAAAAUAGCAACAGCUCCGAAGCCUCGAUGGAAGACGCUCACUCAUCGAAGACUGCAGACAUGGCCGUCCGAUCUGGCAAACAACACUCUACUGGAGUCCCCCCUGCCACCGUGGCUCAUCAACCCGAUAAUUCCACGAAUCCUCUCUUUACCAGUGAAUGCCGAUGAUCCAAGCCUGAAUAUGUUCUCCGAUAGCCCUCACAAAGCACCGAAUCACGUAUUAAUCAACGAAUACCUUCCAGGACAAGGCAUCAUGCCACAUAAAGACGGCUCUGCCUACCAUCCCGUUGUUUGCACUGUUAGCCUGGGCGCAAGUCUCUGUCUUGACAUCUACGGCAGCAAUGAGCAUGGCGGUACUGAGAGCGGGCCACGGUGGAAGAUCCUACAGGAGCCAAGGAGUUUGUUGAUCACAACGGGGGAGAUGUACACAAAUUAUCUGCACGGAAUUGCCGAUGUGACAGCGGACACAAAUCUUAAUUCUGAGACGGUUGCGAACUGGGAUUUGCUAGGGCAUCCAGAGCUUUUGAAAGACGGCGUAAACGAACGACAAAGUCGUACGAGCCUCACAUAUCGAGAUGUGCUGAAAGUGUCAAAGCUGGGCCGUAGGUUGUUUGGCACAAAGGCUUGA